CCCCGCUGCCCCCGCCCCCGCCUCCGAGGGGUCCGGCCGGGUGCGCUCCAGCCCCUACGCCCGCAAGCUGGCUGCUGAGCUGGGCGUGCCACUGCAGGCGGUAUCCGCCACGGGUGCAGGCGGCCGCAUCGUGGCCUCGGACGUGCAGGGAGCAGCGACGCAGCAGCAGCAGCCGGCAGCAGCUGCAGCCCCUGAGACCCCACAGCCUGCUGCUCCCGCCCCCCCUGCCCCUGCCCCUCGCGCCGGUGAGUCAUACGUGGACCUGCCCCACAGCCAGAUCCGGCGUGUGACUGCUCGGCGGCUGCAGGAGAGCAAGCAGCAAGUGCCUCACUACUACCUGACCGUGGAGUGCAGGGUUGAGGAGCUGCUGCAGCUGCGGGAGCGCAUGAACGCGGCUGCGGCUGCUGCUGCGGGUGCUGGCGGCGAGGGCGCUGCUGCUGCCCCCCCGGUGAAGAUCAGUCUGAAUGACUUUGUGAUCAAGGCCGCUGCCAAGGCACUCAAGGCGGUGCCGGGUGUGAACGCCAGCUGGCACCCCGACUUCAUCCGCCAGUACGCCAAUGUGGACAUCAGCGUGGCGGUGCAGACGCCGGCGGGACUGCAGGUCCCCAUCGUCCGCGACGCCGAUCUGAAGCCCCUGUCCGCCCUCUCCUCUGAGGUGCGUGCGCUGGCCGCCCGCGCCAAGGCCGGCAAGCUGCGUCCCGAGGACUUCACCGGCGGCACCUUUACCAUCAGCAACCUGGGCAUGUACGGAGUCAAGCAGUUCGCGGCCAUCAUCAACCCGCCGCAGGCCGCCAUUCUUGCCGUGGGCGCCGCCACCCCCGUGGUGGUGCGCUGCGAGGGCGGUGUGUUCCGCGAGGUGCCGGUGCUGGCCGCCACCCUCAGCUGCGACCACCGCGUGGUGGACGGCGCGAUGGGCGCGGAGUGGCUGGCGGCGUUCCGGCAGCAGAUGGAGAACCCGCUGCUGGCGUUGAUGUGAGGGGCGGGAGGGGGGAAGGGGAGGGGGGAUGAAGGAUACCCAAUGUGUUGAGUGAGGUGAAGAGGUGGGGGCCCGGCAGUGUUGGUAUAGUUGAGGAGGGGUAUGAUGAGGGCCGUCGGUACCGCUGCGACGCUGCUGGUUUGGGGCGGUGGUGGUGAUGCUUUGUUGUGCCGUACGGCGACCGCGGGAAGCCCUGGGUCAUGUGGGUCGGAUAGGGAGGGCCGAGGCAGGGUGUGGUGGUGUGUGGGUAUUAUGAGCCCUGCGCUGUAUCAAUACUAGGCGUUGGUUGUCUGUUGGUGGUGGGUUGUUGUGUAAGCCAGGGCUUGCUUCUUGUUGGCUCGGAAAAGAAGAAGAAGAAAAACUAUUGGUAUUGUGUGGUUUGGUGUGGUUUGUGUGCGGCAGAAGAUAUGGGCAUAUUAAUUCUUUGGCGAUGUGGAUCGUGGUAGUGUGUUUCAGUUUCUGAGUGUUUUGGGACUUUGCAUGACGGUUCCUGCACUCCUUGUACUCCUGAUAUGUGGGUUGCGGUUGGUCCGACUCUACAGUCUCGUCGCGUCUUUGGCAUGCUGGGCUCUCCUGGCUAGCUGGCAUUCCUCGGUGCAGCGAGAUGGCACAUUGCCAACAUGGGGGAGUGUUUUGCUAUAUAUUCCCGUUUGGGGGGUCCGGCUGUAAACCUCUGUGGAGUGAGCAACAUUGCAGGGCAGCUCAGACACGGCUCCUUAAGACAAUC